AUGUUGCAGGAAUGGAAAGACCUGUGGGCUGCCUGGGAUCUUGUUACACUUGGCAUGAUCCCAAGCGAUAUGUUACACCAGAAGCCUAUUGACCUGCGACACAAAUGCUUGUUCUACAUCGGGCACAUACCUACAUUCCUCGACAUGCUUAUGGCCCGUGCUCUCAACCAGGCAAAUUCUGAGCCUUAUUUCGCGCAGAUCUUUGAGCGCGGCAUUGACCCUCAUGUAGAUGAUCCGGAACACUGCCAUAGACACUCUGAGGUUCCAACAAAGGACGAGGAUUGGCCUACCCUUGGAACGAUCCUUGCCUUCCGCGACCGUGUGCGUGCGCGCCUUUUGGCGUUGUACGACGAUUUAGCAUCUGGAAAGCGCAAAAUCAACAGGAAUAUCGGUCGCAUGCUUGCGAUGACCCUUGAACAUGAGGGGUGGCACAUUGAGACACUCCUCUACAUGCUCAUCCAGCGUGCAGGAACAGGGACGCUCCCCCCUCCAGGAUUCGUCACCCCGCCAUGGGAAGCGCUGUCUGCGCAAUGGGACGCUUCAUGUAUACCCCCUUCCUCACCGACUGUCACUCUUGGCCCUGUUGCCAUCAUGCUUGGGCACGACGAUUGCGAGGGUAAUGACUUUGAUGAAGGCGUGUGUAACCAGGUCGAGGGACACGAGUUCGGCUGGGACAAUGAGAGCCCUUCACGACAGGUGCAGGUGGGGAAAUUCCGUGCUGAGUGGAGACCAAUCAGCAAUGGAGAGUUCCAUGCUUGGUGGGUGAACAGGAAGGAACUUGGUAUACCACCCAGUUGGGUAGAAGAAGAGGAAGGGAUCCAGGUCCGCACUCUCUACGGUCCUGUGCCACUAAGCGUCGCGAAGCAUUGGCCGGUGCUUUCGAGCUACGAUAUGCUCGUUGAAUAUGCGAACAGUAAAGGCGGGCGACUACCCACCGAACCGGAGCUAAGGCUCUUCCUCGAUACGUACGAGGUUGGAUUCGAAGGUGGAGCAAACGUAGGCAUUAGAAACUGGCACCCUGUUCCAGCGACUACUGGUCUCGAGACAAACGGCGGUCGGGGAAGUAAUGGUGGUGUCUGGGAAUGGACUUCGACAUCGCUCGAUAGCCACGAUGGAUUUUCGCCAACGAAGCACUUCCCAGGUUACUCAACAGAUUUCUUCGAUGGGAAGCAUCAUGUUGUUCUUGGAGCAUCGUACGCUACGAUCCCGCGCCUUGCUGGACGGCGGACGAUCAGGAACUUUUAUCAGCCCAAUUAUCCAUACCCGUGGGUCGGUGCGCGGAUAGUGUAUGAUGCAUGA